AUGAAGUUCACCACUGUUGCUGCAACUUUUGCUGGUUUAACUACCUUUAUCCAAGCAGCACCAGCUGUCCCAGUAUCAGAAGAAAUCCAAACUAUUCAACAUGAUAUUAAAAACUUGAAUUCAGAUUUUAACAAUUUGAUCCAAUCACUCAACCUCAAUUUGAAUGAAGCCACUCAAGAAGAUCUUGCCAAGGGUUACGAAAGUGAUGAAUUGAUUGCUGAGCUUGGUAGAAGUUUGUUGGAAGCUUCCAGAAAUCAGAAUGGUGAUGUUCUUUCCAUCUUGCACCAAGUUACUAAAAGAGACGCUGUUGACGAUGACAUUGUUGGCGCUGUUGAUGUUUCAAAAAGAGGUGGGUUCGUCACCAUCCACGAUCACCAAAUUUCCAUUGAUGCCAUUAUUAAAGCUAUUGAAUACGUUAUCAUUUUUAAUCAUCCACUUCCAAACUCAGAUCACUUUGAUCAUGUAUUGAAGAUUUUAGGUAUUGAUGCUGAUCUUGCCGCACAGGUCAAUCUUACCUACCAUACUGUUACCAUUGAUUUUGUUGCCAUCUUGACCAAGCUUAUCGAUAUUGGGCAUGAUGUUGUUGACAUUGCCGAAAAGGUGAUCACUAUCACCAUUGCUGGUAAAGUCAUUGAACUUAAGUUAAUUUUGAAAGCCAUUGAAUAUAUCUUUGUUCUUGGCCACGCACUUCCAAACGCUGUUUAUUUUGAUAAAGUCUUGUCCAUUUUAGGAAUCGAUGUUGAUGCUGCUCAUUCCAUUGGCAUUUGGGAGACAAGUUCAAGUUUUGAUGUCGCCAUCACUUUGUUCAAGUAUAUCGGUCUUGGCUUUGUUCACAAUUUCCAAAAGAGAGGUGGGGUUGUCACUAUUCAAGAGCACCAAAUCUCCAUUGAUCUUAUCCUCAAAGCCAUCAACUAUGUCAUUAUCCUCGAUCACCCACUUCCAAACCCAGAUCACUUUGAUCAUGUAUUGAAAAUCUUGGGUAUCGAUGCUGAACUCGCAGCUCAAGUAAACCUCACUUACCAUACUGUUACCAUUGAUUUUGUUGCCAUCUUGACCAAGCUUAUCGAUAUUGGGCAUGAUGUUGUUGACAUUGCCGAAAAGGUUAUCACUGUUACUAUUGCCGGUGUCGUUCUCAAGAUUGAAGUAUUGAUCAAGGCAAUUGAAUACAUUAUUAUCCAACACCACUAUCUUCCAAACCACGAUCAUUUCCUCGGUUUAUUGGCCAUUUUGGGAAUUGAUAUUGAAACUGCUCACUCAAUUGGUAUUUGGGAAACCAGCUCAACUUUUGAAGUUGUUGCAAUUUUCACCAAAUACAUUGGCUUAGGUGUUUUCAAUGAUGUUCCUAACACUGCUGAGUAA